CUUUCUUUUUGUUCCUACACAGAAUCUUAUUCACUUCCCAACUGCAUCAGAGCCCGUACUACCUGUUAGCCUGCCAAUAUGUUGCACGUCAAGUUGGUUCUGGGUCUGCUUGCCGCCUCCCUUGUCUCCGCGGAAAACAUUGUAACCCUUUUCAUUCCGGACAUCGACUCCCAAUCGCUGGUGGGCUCGGUCAUGGGCGUGGCUGCAACGGCUACGACCUACUUUGUCGAAUGCCCGACAGCAACGGGUUCCAGUGAUACUAAUGAUAAUGAUGAUGAUGAUGAUGAUGACGAUGACGAUGAUGAUGAGUGCGGCAUGGGACCCGGUAUGACGAUUGUCGCUGGCCCUCAGACUACGACCUACCUUAUGGAUGUGCCGGAAGAUGACAUCCAUAUGUCUAUGGAAUGUUCUGUGCACGGAACCACCUCCGGCGUCUGCACCGAAAGGAUUUCGGGCACGGGUGCGGACUUCGCCGGAACAUACUCCACCACCAUGGGAACUGGUGACCUCUGCUGCUUUGUGCCCGUCACUAUCACUGCUGGCACGCUCACCAGUGCUGGGGACGCCACCACUCCUGCGACCGCAACAGCGACCGCCACCACCACCGAUGCCUCUGCUACCGGCGCAAACACUGCAAUCAGCAGCAAGUCGGCUACCGGCACCGCUACUUCGAUUGUAAAUCAUAACGGUACGAGCCAGAGCAGCACCGGAGCUGCUGCAUUUAUCACAAAUGACGCUGGUCUGAUUUUUGGCGGCGCUGCAAUCGCGGCUCUUGUGGCCGCAGGUUUGUGAACCACGACACCCUAUCAACAACAUCUCUAAUUCUUCCAUGGGUCAUGUACUUUGUAUUCUUUCAACCGGGAACUUAUCUCUUUCUCAAAGCUUUUUUAAUGUAUAUCUUUCCAUCGACCUGCUAUUGCUCGUCGUCGGAAUUUGAUCAAUGACUUCACUUCUCGAAUCUCUCGCCCCUGUACAGUCUUUACCAUGGAUUUCAAACAGCUUUACCGACUAAAAGACAUCUACAUCGUGUACUAGCC